UGGAAACGCUGGUUGUGGCUGACGUUCUUGAUUCAUCAUCCAACAACCCCAUGGAUAUAUAAGCUGGAGCACACCUGCUAAACAAUAAACGACUCCAGACCUCCACCAACAGAACUCAGUGUGUUACCAAAGUCCAGGUGCCUUGAGCGACUCCUCACAGCAUGCUGCCCAGCGGAGCGUCUGACGUCCGGAUCUGCGUGCUGACGAGCCGCUGGCUGCCCGCAGCCCUGGCGCUGCUGCUCGUCCUCUCCUGCAGCUUCAGCAGCGCGCACAGCACCACGGUGGAGCACGACUUCCACAUUGUCCACAAUGUGGACAACAGAAGCCCAGAGAUAGACCCGUUCUGGUACGUUGGGCGUGGAGUGAGACCCAUCGGCCGCUUUGGGAAGAGACACAGCAGCGUGGAGGCUCUGGGCAGUGGGGGCAUGCAGCCUGUUGUCAGGGUGGUGCAUCUGCUCCUCAGCAGCCUCAGAAACAAGGAAACCUUGGGAAAGCUCAACACGGAGGACAGGGAUUGGUUACCAUGACAACAUCUGAGCAUCUUCAUUUUUUAUCCUGAGGUUAUUUGUUCUUUCAUUCUAGCCCUUAUAUGUAUUUAUCUCUGUUGUCUGUCACGAGGACUUGUCUGAUCCAUAAUAAACCUAUUUCCAACUGCAUCUGUACAUAAAAAUAUCUAUAUUGAUUAAUAAAGAUGUUGUGAUUAAA